AUGCUCCUAUCAGCUAUUGGGUGUGCAAUUAUUUGGCUAUGUGCAGUUGAUGCGAAGAACCAAGAUGGCUCAGCUUCACGAUAUGAUUUUGUUAUUGUUGGCGGAGGUACUAGCGGAUUGGUUGUUGCUAAUAGACUUUCAGAGAUGAAAGGUUUCACCGUGGCAGUGAUCGAAGCUGGAGAUUCAGUCCUCAAUAAUGCUAACGUUUCUGCUGUGACGGGUUAUGGUCGAGCAUUCGGGACAGAGAUUGACUGGGCCUACCAAACCGAAGAUCAAACGUAUGCAGGGGGGUCGAAGCAGAUUAUCCGUGCUGGGAAGGCCAUUGGUGGUACAAGCACUAUAAAUGGGAUGUCGUACACUCGAGCGCAAAAGGUUCAAAUUGAUGCAUGGGAACAAGUCGGAAACGACGGUUGGAAUUGGAAGAACCUUUUCACAUACUAUAAGAAACCAGAAGAGUUCCAGGUGCCCACACCAGAACAAGUUGCUCGUGGCGCUGAUUAUUACAUCGCCUAUCAUGGGGAGCAUGGCCCGCUCAAAGUCGGCUGGCCUCGAGCAAUGACAAACAGCAGCGUGCUACCCCAGCUUGAUGAGACCUUCCAGCAACUAGGUCUCCCCUACAAUAGGGAUUGCAAUGGUGGUAGCAUGGUGGGACUCACGGUCCAUCCCAAUACGGUCGAUAGGGAGGCUAAUGUUCGCCAUGAUGCAGCCAGAGCUUACUAUUGGCCCUACCAACAUCGUCCUAAUCUCAAAAUUAUUUCAAACACUUCUGCGAAUAAGAUCAUUUGGGAAAGCGAUUCCCGCAACGAGGCCGUUGCUAUUGGUGUAGAAGUUACUGGGGUCAAUGGAGUUGAGACGAUCUACGCUUCGAAGGAGGUAAUUCUGUCGGCUGGGUCCCUCAGAUCGCCUAUGAUUUUGGAGCUGUCUGGCAUUGGAAAUCCUGAUAUUCUCCGUCAGUUUGACAUCGCUGUCCAAGUCAAUAUUUCCACUGUCGGUGAGAACUUGCAGGAUCAGACCAACAAUGGGUUCUCUUAUGAAGGGAACGACUUCUGGCUUGGUUCGCCGACAUUUUCCGCUCUACCAUCAGCCGAUCACAUAUUCGGUGAGGAUGUCCUCACCAUUGCGUCUGAUGUCAACUCAAGCCUGGCGGAAUAUGCAAAAAGAGUGUCGGAACAUUCCAACGGUGCAGUCCAAGAAGCCAAUGUUCUGGCUGCUUUUCAACUCCAACACGAUCAAAUAUUCAAAUCACAGGUUCCGUACGCGGAGAUUGUGUUCCUGCCCAUUGGGAACUCGUUUUCCAGUGAAUACUGGCCUCUUCUUCCAUUCUCGAGAGGAAGUGUCCACAUAAACUCCACAGACGGCUCCCAGCCGCCUUCUAUCAAUCCCAAUUACUUUAUGUUCGGACAGGACCUCAAAGCCCAUGCUGAUGUGGCUCGAUAUAUCCGCAAGGCAUUCAGUACGUCCCCUCUGAGAACCGUUGUGGGAGAAGAAUUGGCACCGGGACAGAAGCAUGUUCCAGAAAAUGCGUCGGACUCUAUAUGGGAAGGCUGGGUUAAGUCACAAUAUAGGUCGAACUUCCACCCAGUUGGCACUGCCAGCAUGCUGCCUCGGGAUAAAGGUGGUGUUGUCGACCCCGAGCUUAGGGUUUACAGUACUAAAAAUGUCCGAGUGGUUGAUGCUUCUGUCUUGCCCUUCCAACUUUCUGGCCAUUUGACCAGCAGUCUUUAUGCCGUGGCCGAGAGAGCGUCUGACCUGAUUAAGAAACGAUAUAUAUUUUAG